AUGGAGAGCCAGAGCAAUGUCUCAGAAUUCAUUCUUCUGGGACUCUCUAGUGACCAGAACGUACAAACAUUUUGCUUUGUGCUCUUCUUACUCUGUUAUGUUGCCCUGUUGGUAGGAAACCUUCUGAUUCUCAUCUCCAUUCGAUGCAGUCCUCUUUUUCACCAACCAAUGUACUAUUUCCUCAGCCACUUAUCCUCCAUGGACGUCUGCUAUACCUCCAGCGUUACGCCCAAGUUAAUUGCUUAUUUGCUGGUGGGAAGGAAAACCAUUUCCUAUGGUAACUGCAUGUUACAGGUCUUUUGCAUGCACUUCUUUGGAAUAAUUGAAGUCUUAAUUCUUACAGUCAUGGCCUUUGAUCGCUGCGUUGCCAUCUGCAGGCCUCUCCACUACAUGAUCAUCAUGAACAGGAUGAGGUGCAAUCUUCUAGCCUCAGCUGCUUGGGCUGGUGGAGCUGUUCACUCCUUUCCUCUAUUUUCUAUGGUAAUCCAGCUGCCCUUCUGUGGUGCUAAUGAAAUAGACCACUAUUUUUGUGAUAUUUUUCCUUUGCUAAAAAUUGCUUGUACUGAUACCUCCAUCCCUGGUGUCAUUAUGCUUGUCAGUUCAGGAAUGGUGGCCUUAGUGACAUUUGCAGUUUUAUUUUGUUCUUAUGUCAUUAUAUUAUUCACUUUAAGAAAUCACUCAGCUGAAGGAAGGCGCAAAGCCCUCUCUACCUGUGGGUCUCAUGUCACUGUGAUCAUUUUAUUUUUUGCUCCUUCAAUAUUUGCCUACCUUAGGCCUCCCACCACUUUCCCUGAGGAUAAAGUACUCGCACUGUUUUACACCAUCAUUGCACCUAUGUUCAAUCCCUUAAUCUACACACUGAGGAAUUCAGAAAUGAAAAAUGCCAUGAGAAAAGUCUGGUUUCAAACAUCUUUAUAA